GCUAUUACGGACACACGGCUCGAAACUGGCGAGGAACUCGCCGUUAGAAGGAAGGAGACACUCUACGUCCGCAGGAAAUAUUCUCUCAGUCAGCUCAUUAUGGUGAAGCAUAUCAUGCACCAAACAAUCAUGAUAAUAUCGAUGAUAGCCUACUACAGGUUCUGCCGACAGUUGAAUCCUGUUUCAAGGUUGCACUUGCCUCGAGAUGUUGAUCUCAAAAAAACACUGAAAACUCAGCGCGUCAUCUUCUCAAGUAAUGUUGAAAUCCUGUCGUCGUAUGCUCCGGCUUCCUCCAAGAAUCCCCCCCAAUUCGUCGACAGGCGUGUUCCUGAUGCUAGCAAGGCGAAAGAUGUUGUGGAAGACUUACAAUCCUUAGUUCAGGUCUUCACAUCCUCUAUUCCCCAACUCAAACAGCCGCGAUUAUCAGAAGAGUUAAAAAUAACACAAAUUCCGAAAGGUAGCCGCGAGUUUCAGCAUUUCCGCAUUGUUCAGAAAGCUGCUUGUAGCCUUUAUGAUGCUCAUGGAACAGCCUGUAAUGCGCAUUCUGUCCAUGUCAAACGAGUGCGAUUCAAUGUGGCCUUUAUCCAGAAUGCCAUGAUUCCGGGGAAGGCAGUCUGGAUUAACGUGGAAUCAACCAUCAAAUCUUACGAGGCGAGUUCCCAACCGAUAUCCGCAUCAGUAUCAACAGGCAACUCUUCUCUCAAACGACCAAGACAACUUAACGAAGCACCUUGUCCACGAAAAUCUCGGAGACGUGUACAGUUUCGUCUUUCAUCGACCCCUCUGCAGUUAGCGAGCACCGAAGAACCUACGAUUAUUGGAAUUCCAAAUCUCUACCUGCAACGAAAUUUCUGCACCGCUGUCGAGAGGUCUUUACACAAACAAGAAUGUAAUGGUUGCAUCGGGCUGCUUGGAGGCAACUAUAUCUGUAACCAUUUGGCAUAUAUGGGGAAUCAGACCAACUAUAUGACCACUUCCACAUCACUCUCUCAGCUGAUAUCACUUUCAGGGGCCAACUGCGCUAAAGGAAUGGGUCUCUAUGAGCGCGUCCGACUAGCUAGGCAUCUCGCUACUGCUGUUAUCUACUACCAUUCUACACCGUGGCUCAAUAAGGCAUGGCGAAGCGAUGACGUUCAGUUUUUCGGCCCUCACGAUUCCUUGCUCAAGAAGGCACAGGACGUCCUACCCUAUAUGACUACAUCUGGACGAUCACGAAACUCCUCAAUGAAAUCUCAGCCCCAAUCCUCGGAUUACCAUCUCUUUAUCCGUAAUCCUGUUCUCUUUGGGCUAGGUGUCAUGUUUCUUGAACUUGCAUACCAAGCUCCUCUCAGAGUUCUACAGCAACCAGUCGACCUUGACAAGGGGAAAACACAAAGCUUUACGGAUUAUUUCACAGCGCACAGAUUAGUAGAUGAUAGCUACCGUAUGGCGAGCAAGAGUUCUAAAGUUAUCAUAAACAAAUACCUGCACAGUGACUUUGCGAGUCAUGCGCUGCAAGAGGCUUUUCAUCGUGAUGUUGUGACGGGUCUUGAGAAUCUAGAAAAGGUUUUUCGGGAAUUGCAGCUUGAUGACCUGGAACCCACUCUAGUGUGA